GAGAAAAAGAUAAUAGAGAGAGAUGACGGUGAUGGAGAAGCUGAAGAUGUUCGUGGUCCAAGAGCCGGUAGUCGCAGCAUCCUGCCUCAUUGCCGGUGUCGGUCUUUUCCUUCCAGCUGUGGUCAGGCCUAUCUUGGACUCAUUUGAGACAUCCAAGCAAGUUCCACAGCCUGCUUUAAGUGAUGUGGUUUCAGGAAUGACUGGUAAAAAAGAGUAGUUUGCAGCAAGGAUGUAAUUCGAAACCUAACUUUUUCACUGGUCAUCUGUUGAAUAAGCCCUUUAGCAAACUUUUCAUUCUGGAACAAACUAGAUAGAUUGGAAUGUAUUCCAUUUCAUUGCCCUUGUAAGAAUGUGAAUGGCUGCAGAAUACAAACUUUAUUUUUAUGUUUUCCUGUUCUCAAAAUAUUUCUCCAUGGUUUCAUGUAACUAGCAAUAGUUAAUAAUUGUGAAUGAACAAUUGCAGGAUGAGCUUAUCAUACAUCUAUUUAAUGGGUGGCUCUAUAUGGUUUGUGAUU